AUGUCGCAGCUCAUUCCAAGCACCACACCCCUUCGACUGUUCAAGGGUCAUGAGAGACCUGUAUGUGCUGCAGCAGUUUUACCCGAUAGACUACGUAUGGUCACGGCCUCGGACGACAAGACUCUUCGUCUGUGGAAUUUGAGGACAGGUGUUUUGUUGAAGAAGAUGGAGGGACAUCGCGCCGAAGUGAACGAAUUAGCGGUAUCACGAGAUGGGCAGAUAAUAGCAAGCGGUGAUGACAAGGGAGAGGUCAUUGCCUGGCACGGAGACACUGGGGAACCUCUCACCCAACUUAUCAAAGCCGACUCUGGACGGAUCUGGGCGUUGGACUUUUCUCCCGAUUGUGCAGUGCUAGCCACCGGUUCGACAGAUGGAACGACGAAACUAUGGAGCACGAAAACAUGGCAAAUUCAAGGGAAUCCAAUAGAGUGUGGUGAUUAUGACAAUAUCUUCUGCAUUCGGUAUAUACCAUCUGGCAAACUUUUUGCCAUCGCAACAGAGGGCAAUAUCGAAAUCUAUAAUUCAGAUGCCAGCAAACGCGUCGCAAACUUUGAGGGUCACACAGCAAGCAACCAGUCACUCGCGUGGACGCCCGACGGCAUGCGCCUUCUCUCAGCGGGCGGUGACGACGAUCCAACCAUACGGGAGUGGGAUACAUCCACCUGGAAGCAGGUCGGUGAUCCCUGGACGGGCCACACUAGACGUAUCUCUGCCAUUGUCAUUCAUCCUGCGGGUACCCACCUCGCUUCCGCAUCUCGUGAUAACCAUGUCCGUCUUUGGCAACUUUCAGAUCGAUGCACCAUCGCCAUAUUCCAGCACUCAGCCUCGUCGCUAUGCGCCACUUUCUCUAUAGACGGCACGCACAUCUUCAGCGGAGGUCGUGAUAAUAUGAUCUCAGAGUGGGAAUUACCCAAGGACGCUUGGCCAAAGGAGGCGCCCGAGAUGCUGGCGUCAAAGGCUCAAGAAUCAGAUUCGAAGGCACGUUUUCAUCCUUCACUCGUAAACGUAAUUCGAGCUUGUUUCAUGCAGAUCUUCACCAUCACCACAACCACCCAGACGGCAUGCAUCACAGGGGACUUAUCUUCAGCUGAAAAGAUACUUACGCAAGAGAUCGAUGCCGAUGCCAAUAACAAUACAUCCUACGCCAACCGCUCGCUGGUUAUGGCACGACAACUCGAGUGGGACCGCGCACUGCAAGAUGCAAUCAAGUCCCUGAGCUUACGUCCCUCGUUGUCGGGCUAUGUUGCGAAAGGUAUCGCCCUCUGUGGGAAACAACAGCUCUUGGACGCGAUGAAAGCAUUCGACCUCGCAUUCACGUUCACGGACGGAUAUUCAAAGACGGCUCAUUUCCUUUUCUUGAUCAAGGCCAUCGCAUUAUUCAAUGCAAAUCACUCUGAAGAGGCAAUUCUACCCAUCCAAGAACUAAGUGCCCGUCCCAAUCCCGAUCCUCUCGCAUCUCGUGUUGUGGAAGCGUAUUUGCGAGUCCAGCUGGGAACCAUUGCCAUGGAUGGCGCCCUUCACAAAGAAGCUGUUGACCACUUCACAGCGGCUGUUAACGCUGGUGCUUUCUUUGCUACAUUGGACAUUCAUUCUAUGUACGAGGACUUUGUCGUGCUUUUCGGCUGGGACCUCAAGUCCUUGUGGCAAGUUGCAAACCAGCAACGCUACCACGCACUCUUUCGGUCAGGUAAAUUUGGAACAGCCCUUGAAGCGUACCGAUACAUGAUGGACAUGAGCGACGAGGCCACGAAGGCUAUCUUCCUUGCUUGGAUCAAUACCCUCGACGAAGAAUGAUACCAUCAUAGCGAGCGGUCCUUGAAAGUUGGAACAGAGAAUCUUUGCGCCGUUCUGAUUUGUACCUUGACUUUACACAGAUCCCGCCCCUUGUUCGUAUCGUAUGCUAGCUCAUAAUACAAGAUUGAUAGGUCCCUCGAACGCUACUGCAAAGCUCACUAUACAAUGAGCCCCACUCCCCCACCUGCUCUCUUCAGAUCCUUCGACCACCCCGCCGUCUCAGUGACAGUCGCCUUCAAACUCUCAAUCUUAGCCGUCAGCAUCUCAAUCGCAUCCAACCCCAUUGGCAACCGCUGCGGGAUCUUUUCCCCCUGUACGACCUGAUAAAC